UCAGUUUAGGUGCAGCGUGAGUGUAACGCUGGGAAAGUUUAGAAAGUUUAAUCCUGAUAGAAAAUGAACCCAUAGCUUCAUGUAGUUACUCGCUGUUUGUUUUCUUUCACCUUAGGUGGUAAAAUAAUGUGUAGUUUUGUGGGUUGUCUUGUGAGUUGCUAACAAACUAACUUUAAUUAGGUAAGUGUUAGCAGGGCUUGGCUAGGCUAGGCUAGGCUAACCUAACCUAACCUGUAGCGCGUCGUGUUUAAACAACAUUAUAAUUACCUGAUCCAGCUAACUGCUGCUAGCUAAACUGCUAAUGGAUCCUAAUAUAGAGAUGAUAGUGCUGAGCGAUGAUGAGGAUUCUGACAUCGAAGAGCUCAACAACUCCUCAGUGCUAAUAGUGGAUGAGAAAGAGACCACAGACCUUCCUGUUGCUAAUGAAGUCCUGGACGAAGAUGUGACCAUAUUAUUCUCCAAGAAAGCCAACAUUCUUCCUCACGCCCGAUUUGACUGCACCAUUCCUUUCAGCUUUUCUGGCGCGGACGUCUCGGCACCGGAAAACAAUAAUGCCGAGUACUGCGAGCAGUGCUUCUGUUACAUCUGUGACCAGCUGGCCUCAGAGUGCAAGUUCUGGACCGUCCCCAGCUUUUGUCACUGCAACGCGCACAAGCGCAACGUUUACUGGAAAUCUCUCCGGGAGAAGAGGAUCAUGGGAUACCUGCGCGAGCUCAAAUUCACUUUCAGCACAGAAGACAUGGAUUCGGACCUCCAGCGCGCCGAAGCCGCGCUGCAGGAGUUCGCACGCACCCUGGCCCUGAAGUACGCAGCUUUCCUGAUGAUGGUGCAGAACCCAGACCAGUCAGGCUGCCCGUGCCCCUGCCACACGCCCACUAGCGGAGCCGCCGAGGGCAAAUCGACCGGGUGUUCGAAGUGCCGUGUUAAGCACCAGGACUUUCUGGGGCUUUUUUUCAGCUACACUCCGGUGAUGGAGCACGUUUACACUUUUCUCGAUGAAUCGUUGAAGGAGAAUCCAAAAACCUGCGCGGUCCGGCUGCUCGGUGCCAUCAGUCAUUUCAUCACGCACACUGUACCCGGCUGCCGUCGGUCCAGUGCUUUGGCGGGCGCUGUCUCACAGGCUGUGCUGGGACUCUUUUCAAGCGCCAUCUCGAAGGUUCAGGCUUUGUUGGUGGACGUGGAGUUUCCAGCCGCCUUCACAAAGCAUCUGCAGGACUUUUUCCAGACGCUUCCGUUUCCACCCAGCUGCAAGAGUUUCAGAAUCAGCCUGAACAUCUUCGCAUGGGACAACCCUUUGCUCUCGGCCGUGCUGAGGGGCCAAAACACCUCCGGAGUAAAGCACGUCAAUGGCAAGCGGCCGGAGGCCCUGUUUGAAUCGCCGGUGGUGGUUCGAGCCCGAGUCCUUAAACUCCAGGAACAGAAAAAGUACCGUGAGCUGGCUCGCUAUCUCAAGCUUGUUAAGAGUGAGAACAUUCCAGAGAUCCAGAUCAUGAAGGACUGGAUUCCACUGUAUUUGUGUAAGGUUGGUGAUUAUUUGGGCGCAGUCAAUGCCAUGCUCGCCCCCCUUGUUUGUGGCUCUACAUGCGCCAUCUGCAGACUCAGCCCUUCCCAGUUCGUUUCCUACCUACGAAUAUUUAUAUACGGCCGCGCCCCCUUAAGCCUACCCCACCCACCGAAAGUGGAGGCCGGUCCUCGUCUACAGAGCGUAAUAGAGGGCCACACGGACCCUUUACGAAGUAACCAGUGGGUGCCUAUCGAAGGUGUAACCACCCUGCUGAAGAAGCUGGAUGUGAUGAAGUUUGCGCUCAAGGUUCUGAAGCACAACACCGAAGUCUUCACAAACCACCAAAGCUGGGUGAUGGUGCUGCUGUUCACCAACUCCUCAGGUCAUCCGGAGCCACAUUACAACUUUCUAAUGAGGACGAGAACUGCUGCUAUUGAAAUCCUGAAGGAGCUUCAUCAUUCCUUACCUGUCCAGAUCUCCAACCGCUUUGGAAACGAGUAUCCAGACCAGGCCUUGUUGCUGUUAGCCACCCAGGCUUUAGUGUGGCGGCUUCAACACUCGCAGCUCACAUCCGUCCUGAAAGUCCUCAUGACCUUUAAGUCAAAUCCCUGGGCGGUGCGCUGGCUUUUCGAGGGUUUGUUCCCUGACGUGAUGUACAAUUUGCUGUGUGUGAUUGUAGAGGAACUGACAGACAAACGGUUACGGAAACAUGACAUGUUGGAGCAGAGCUUCAUCGCUUUUUUGCUCAGCCUGUUCUUUGUGAAUCGUCACGUAAAUCUUCAUCUGUACAGCGACCCCAUCACCAAAAUGCUCUUUAACUGGGACGAGUUUAAAAACCCUUGGCAGAUGCACCUGAGACAGCAGCUUCAGAUCAGUGAAGAUUUUCUGACUCCAGAAAAACGUCACAUCUUGAUGCAGAUGGUCCAGAAUCAACACGUAUAGUCCUGACACACUCGGUUAGAACGAGAAGGAAGAUUUCUGCCUCUCCGGCUUGAUUUUCUUUUUUUUGUUUGGACAUUUGUCGAACUCGAACCUGGCACGAUGUGCGUCAGUCCGAUCCGGCCACGGAAACUGUUGGUGUGUGUGUGUGUGUUUUUCUUUCUUUUUGAGGCUUUCGAGUCGAAUAUUUGUAAAAGAUUAUUGGCUGCAAUUUAUGUGGAUUUAAUUCUGUUUUUUGAAGUUGCCUGUAAUAAAGAUUUGCUGAAUUGUUGCAUAAA